UUCGCUGGGAAAGCCAGAGAGCUCGGGACUCGCUUGUUGCCGCCGCUGCUGCUGCUUCACACGCAUUCUCCCGGAGAGAUGAGGCGGAAAGAGAAGAGGCUGCUGCAGUUCGCGGGGCUGCUCAUAGCGGCUCUUCUUUUCCUCCCAAACGUCGGGCUGUGGUCUUUGUACCGGGACCGAGUGUUCGACAACUCGCCCAACACUGUGGACGGCAUCCUCCCGAUACAGGGGUUGAACCAGAUGAGGAAGGUCGCCCAGGUGGGACUCGAUGGUGUGCGGCGGACAGACUGGCAUGACUACGAGGCAAUGAGGAGAGAUGCUGCUCGCUCAGGCAACGGUGAACAGGGAAAGCCUUUCCCUCUGACGGAAACUGACCGAGUCGACCAGGCAUACAGGGAGAACGGCUUCAACAUCUAUGUCAGCGACCGGAUCUCCCUCAACCGCUCCCUCCCUGACAUCCGACAUUCAAACUGUAAACAGAAGCUGUAUGCAGAGAAGCUGCCCAACACCAGCAUCAUCAUCCCGUUCCACAACGAAGGCUGGUCGUCGCUGCUGAGGACCGUUCACAGCGUGCUCAACCGCUCUCCUCCACAGCUCAUAGCAGAAGUCAUCCUGGUCGACGACUUCAGCGACAAAGAACACCUAAAGGUGGCGUUGGAGGAAUACAUGACAAGGAUGCCGAAGGUUCGGAUCCUGAGGACCAAGAAGAGGGAGGGCUUGAUCAGGACUCGCUUGCUUGGAGCUGCUGCUGCUAAAGGAGAAGUCAUCACCUUCCUGGACUCCCACUGUGAGGCCAACGCCAACUGGCUGCCUCCGCUGCUGGACCGAAUUGCCCAGAACAGGAAAACCAUUGUGUGUCCAAUGAUCGACGUGAUCGACCACGACAACUUCGGCUAUGACACUCAGGCAGGGGAUGCCAUGCGAGGGGCAUUUGACUGGGAAAUGUACUAUAAGCGGAUACCAAUCCCUCCGGAGAUGCAGGGGGACGACCCCAGUGAACCCUUUGAGUCACCAGUGAUGGCAGGUGGACUGUUUGCUGUGGACAGGAAGUGGUUCUGGGAGCUGGGAGGAUAUGACACAGGUCUGGAGAUCUGGGGAGGAGAACAGUACGAGAUCUCCUUCAAGGUGUGGAUGUGUGGUGGUCGGAUGGAGGACAUCCCUUGCUCCAGGGUAGGACACAUCUAUAGGAAGUACGUCCCCUACAAGGUCCCUGGUGGGAUCAGCCUGGCAAAGAAUCUGAAGCGUGUAGCAGAGGUGUGGAUGGACGAAUACGCAGAAUACGUCUACCAGCGUCGGCCCGAAUACCGCCACCUGUCAGCAGGAGACAUGACAGCCCAAAAGGAGCUCAGGAACCGCCUCAACUGUAAGAAUUUCAAGUGGUUUAUGAGCCAGGUGGCCUGGGAUCUGCCCAAACACUACCCACCGGUGGAGCCACCCGCUGCAGCAUGGGGAGAGAUACGGAAUGUGGGUAGUGGGAUGUGUAUGGAGAUAAAACACUUUGUGUCAGGAAGCCCCAUUCGCUUGGAGAGCUGUGUGAAAGGACGAGGCGAGGUGGGCUGGAGUCAUGGACAGGUGUUAACAUUCGGUUGGAGGGAGGAUAUUCGGGUGGGUGACCCCAUGCACACAAGGAAGGUCUGCUUCGAUGCUGUCUCCCAUAACAGCCCUGUCACCCUGUACGACUGUCACGGCAUGAAGGGGAACCAGCUGUGGCGCUACAGAAAGGAUACGAGUCUCUAUCACCCUGUCAGUAACAGCUGUAUUGACAGCAGCCCAAGCGAGAGGCGAGUCUUCAUGAACACGUGCGAUCCCUCCUCUCUUAGCCAGCAGUGGCUGUUUGAGAGAACCAACGCCACCGUGCUGGAGCACUUUAACCAGGGAGCCAACUGAGGCCACUGGACCCUUGAGAGGAUGCAUCUUCCAAAGAAAAAGAUCAUGACACAGUGGUCACUUUUGAUCAGAUAAGAAGCUACAAAUGAAUACAGUGCUGCUUCAGAAACAUUCCCCGUGGCACAGCAGUGAUCCAGUGUGCUGGCUAAGAGCUGAAGAGUUGGUCAGACCACACACAACAAUAUUCAGAAUACAAUCAUACAGCGUGAGCUUGUGAUGAGCAAGGAGGGUGGGGAAACCCCUGGCAAAACACAGAGCUCUAACAGACUGAAGCUUGGAUGUCAACAAUUUUCGAGAGAUGGAAAUUUGCAAAGAUUCUCCUGUCAAACACAAACUCUGCUGGAUUCAAUGGAUCAUCUCUUUUUUUGCCUCUUUUCACUGUCUUUUUCAAUUGUUGCCUUAACAAUUCCAACAAUGGGAAAUGCCUGCGCUCUGUCUUUUCACCCAAGGUACCAAAACAACGACAUAUGUGGGAUAUUUUUGCAAGUUAUAACUCUAUGAAAACUGGAAAAAAAUAUAAAAUUCUGAACAUUAUUUGACAUUUAUUCCUGCACAGUGUGCAGAUGCAUUCCAAGGAUAUGCCUUUUAUCAAAGGAACACAAUCUUGUACAUAUUUACGUUAAGGUGCAAAUAUUUAUAUAUUUUUCUACUGAACAAUAAA